AGUGUGUUAGUAGAAAACAACAGAGUGUAAAGAGCUCCUUAGAUGGAAGCGACGUUGUAAAACCGCGAUAAAACUGAGUUUUUCCGUCAUUUUUUAACUCUUGCUUGUUCAGUUAUCUAAUCGUUAUAUGCCCAGCAGUGGUGUGUGUCGAAGACACAGCUUCGCUGUACAAGCAGCGAACCAGCCAACAGAGUGGUUCAUGCUGUUAGCCUAACAGCUAAACUUGCAGUUGGGCAGCUGGUUUCUUCUAGUUAGCAUCGAUGAGGGAACCCAACCCCGCUUUAAAUGCUGUAAACAAGACUGCCCAGCUCGUCUGGAGUUAGCUAGUUGGACGCUGGUCUGAGAAAGAAUACAACAGAAUGACAGAGGAUGACAUCCUGCUGAAUGUACCUGUCAUUCGGCAGCUGUACCACUGGGACUGUGGGUUAGCCUGCUCCAGGAUGGUCCUGAAGUACCUCCACCCGGUCUGUGAUGAGGAGUUUCAGAGAGCAUGCUGGGAUCUGAAGCUGACAGAGAGUGUGUGGACUAUUGACCUGGCCUACCUCAUGUGCCAUCUAGGAAUCAAACACUGCUUUUGCACACAGACUCUGGGCGUUGAUAAGGGUUUCAGGAAUCAGUCCUUUUACAAGAAGCAUUUUGAUACAGAGGAAGACAGAGUGAAUGAUCUCUUCCUUAAAGCAGAGAGUAAAGGUGUGGUGGUGAGGAAAUGCUCUGUCACUGUUCAAGAAAUCCAGUCUCACCUGGCGCAGGGCCACGUUGCCAUAGUGCUGGUCAAUGCUGUCGUCUUGACAUGUGAACUGUGCUCCACACCUGUCAAAUAUUGUUGUUUCCUGCCCGUGGGUCAGAAGUGUUUCUGCAGGAAGCCAGAGUACCAGGGUCACUUUGUGGUAGUGUGCGGCUUCAACAGGACUACAGGCUCCAUUUUCUACAACAACCCUGCAUAUUCUGACAGGGUGUGCUGCACCAGCGUCAGUAACUUUGAGGAGGCUCGGCGGAGCUAUGGGACAGAUGAGGAUAUCCUGUUCGUCUUUAAGGAGAGUUGAUGGACAGUGAUGGUGGAUUUGGAUUUCACUUGUCCUCAGCUCAUCAUUAUAUUGACAUCAUGCUGCUGCAGGUCUUUAGUCCUGGUCUCCUGUCAGCUGUCGCAGAUUCCCUGGGCUGUCCUCUCUGGUGCUAAUAAGCCUGACUACUCACAAGUAAAACACUUGCUCCAGAAUCACUGCUCUUAUUCCCUCUUAUUCAGUCGAUGCUACUUGACCUGUGAUAGAUUAACAGCUGGGAGGUUCAAAAUCUAAGUUGAAUUGUUUAUUUUUUUAUUUCCUUUUUUUUUUGACAUGAGCGGAUAGUUCAAAGGAAUUUUAAUGUCUUUGCUGAAUUGUAAUGACUGCAGUUGUUCACAGAUGGAUCUCAACUCUCAAACUGUUAGCAGGGGAUUUCAGACUUGUGAAACUACAGUGGAUGAAAUGUGGGAAUGAAGACCUAGUAUUGCACUUGACAGGAAAUAGUGUUUGUAUAAUUCAGGGCUGACGAUGAUAACAUUUAGUGUACAAAACAUAUUUUUUCUGUUCAGUGUUGAAGUCUGAAGGGGUUCAUCUGCAGCCACCGCCCUCACCUGCACUUGCCUUUUUAAUAAUCCUCCUAACUCACCUCAUGGUCUCUUUUUUUUAUUAAGAUAAUUCUAUCAACAGGGAAUACAGGAGUCGUUGUAGUUGUGUUUUGAGAGUCUCAGGUAAUAAAUGCCCUAAAGUGUGAGAUGCGCCUCAAAUGACAAAACUAGUUCAAUGCAAUUCUCCAUAGUCUGUGUAAGGAACUCAGUCUGCCUGCAGAAGAACAUGGACGGUGGAUGGACGCAAUGAAACAUGAACUCACCAGUUUCAUUCACUUCAGUGGGGGAAAAACAAAAACAGCUCAACAUCUUGUGUCCAAGGAAGCAUGCUGGUUAGACGGACGCAUUGUGUGGUUGUUUUUUUUUUUAUCAUGUGGAAGAACCAAAGGUGUCAUUUUGACUCCAUCAUGAUCUCUGGUAAAAGCAGUGAAGACUAGGUGAUUUCCACGUUUUGUUUUUAUUUUUUUAAUUUUGGUAUUACGUCUAGUAUGAAAAGUGCAGUACACGUUUCAUACAGGACAUAAUUAAAUGUUAUUUAAAGAUUUUACCAUGAAAUUGCUUUUCUGAAUCUGUGAAAAGUGGUUUCUUCCUGGUUGUGCUUUUUGGUGAGAACAAGCUGCAUAUUUUAAACCACAAACUUUAUUUUUUAUUAAACAUAGAGCUGCAUUUAUUAUAUGUUAUGAUUAAAAGGUUUG